CCCCCGUUUGUUUGUUUGUUUGCUUUGCUUGCUUGUUUACACGCCUGUUGUCUCGUGUUGCUUGCUCCAUUUGUGCGUGCUUCCCGAGCCCAGCCUGCUCGUUGUAUCUGGAAGAUACCCUCCCAGCCUCUGCUUUAAUCUCGCCGCCUUGGACCCCCUGUGUACGUGACUGCUGUGUUGCAGGGGUUUAGGGAAGUGAUGGAAGAUUCUGUUGUGUGAAUGGCGUGGAAUGAGUCGCUAGGGAAUUUUUAUUUUUUAUAUUUGUUUAACCAUGUUUUGGAGAUGCGGAAGCGAAGGUUUAAGUGGUGAAUGAUUGCCCUGGCAUGGCGAUUAUGGUUUUUCCUCGACAGCUGUUGCGCUCCUCUCUCUUUUUUUGUCUUCGGCCUCUGCACAGUCCUCAUUCAUUGGACGAGACGGAGUUUAGCAGCUCGUGCGCUAGCUGCGUCACAAGCAAGAGUCUGGACUUGCGAAGAAAAAUUAAGUAGAAAUAGGGUACAGGAAAACACUUCUUACUUAGACUUUAACACCAGGAGGUACCCGUUACACCGUUCACUUUUUUACGGCUUCUCGUCGAAGGAGUGGCUUUUCAAGGAGCAACACCAUCGUCACAUUUGUGUCUUUCCCAAUUUCUGCUUCUGACCUACCUGCAUUCAGCUGUACUACUGAAGUCUUUCAUGGCACCGGGACAGUCAAACUCAGUACUCAGUUCCGAAUCUCGACAUUAUUAGGAGGAGAGGGUUUGGAUUUAAGUGCAGGGGUUUGGGUUUAUUCGCUACAGAUAUGGCAUCCACUACUGCGUCGCCUCUGGGUUGCUCGGGAUUAUCGUGGAAUUCGUCAAUAGUGCUGUUGUCUAUGCGAGGUUCUGCAAGUGCUCAUGAGAGGGUUCAAUUGACAAGCUCGCUACGGUACACUUGGCCUUCUCAAAAUGCUAGGUGCCAAGCUGUUACUUGUGCGGAUCCUGUGCUUGGGGAAGCAUGGGAAAGGGCUGCUUAUAAGUUGGGUAUACUGGUGCCACCGAAGCCCAUGAGUGCUGCUGCAUUCUCGAGAGAACUGUCUGUAACUGAGACCGAUUCUGUGAAGGCGUAUUCGUCCUCCUCCGCAGCUGUAGAUACACGUGAUUCAUCAAAUUCUUUUACCCGAGUCGGAUCUCGGCAGAGUAAAUCGGAAGUGUUCAAACCAGUAGUUGUAACAGCGCGUCAAUUUCAGUCGGAUCCUUUGAAGUCGGCUGAACAUGAACCUGAGCGACAGGUGGAACCUUCUAGUUCAAGUAAACAAAUAGUUGAGAACGACAAAUCAAAAAGACUUGCUGACCAAGUUGAAGGUGUCAAAGUUAAGAAGACUCCUGCUAAACGGAGGUCUACAGUUAAGAAAGCUAGUGCCGAUGGUUCACCAGUUGAAAGUAAGCCCAAACCCAGAGGACGGAAAAAAUCUGCCUAUGUGCAACUUGAGGGUCAGGAUUCCGAAGAGGUUAAUGUAUCAAGUGAUCGUCUUGUCCUGGCAUUGAACUCAGAAGAGCCUUUCAAAACAGAUCAGCUUGAGAAGCGACAAACAUUUUCCAAUGAAUUUGUAAUGGUGAUUGAUAGCGUUGAUAAGGCUAAGAUGGUUGUUAAGCAGCUGAUGAGGGAGUACAAGGAUGCUGUGCAUGCUUGUGAUACUGAGGUUGCGGAGAUAGAUGUGAAAAAAGAAAGUCCAGUUGGACACGGGCGAAUGACGUGCUUUAGCAUCUAUUGUGGGCCAUCUGCGAAUUUCGGAAAUGGCAAGAACCGUCUCUGGGUUGAUGUUCUGGACGGCGGAGACGGCAUUUUAGAAGUUUUUAGGCGCUACUUUGAAGAUCCCUCUAUUAAGAAGGUGUGGCAUAACUAUAGUUUUGAUAAACACAUAUUGAGUAGACAUGGAAUACAUCCGCAAGGUUUCUAUGCAGACACCAUGCAUCUGGCUCGUCUGCAUGAUUCAGCAAGGAGAGGUGCCAAAGGGGGCUACUCGCUGGAAGUAUUGAGUGCCGACGAGAAAGUGAUGGAUGGUUACUUGGGGCAUUUAACUGAAGAGGAUGAUAUUACUUUGGUGGGGAAGAAGUCAAUGAAAGAGCUGUUUGGAAAAGCUAAUUUGAAAAAAGAUGGCAGUCCUGGUAAAAUUAAAACGAUACCUCCGGUAGAUGAACUGCAGAGAGACGGGGAGUUGCGGGACGCUUGGAUACACUACUCUACAUUUGAUACAGUAUGUACAUGGCGUCUUUUUGUUAGUCUUCAGCAUAAAUUGAGUAAUACUCCAUGGAAUGUGGUAGACUUGAAGGAAAAGGGUUCUAUGUACGACUUUUAUGAGAAGUACUGGAGGCCGUUCGGAGAAGUUUUGGUGCAAAUGGAGGCUGACGGAAUGCUUGUGGAUUGUGAUCACCUUGCUACUGUUGAGAAAGUUGCAAGAGCUCAACAAGAAAUUUCGGUUAGCCGCUUCCGAAAGUGGGCUGCAAAAUACUGUCCAGAUGCCGCAAUGAUGAAUGUUGGAAGUGAUGCCCAGAUUCGACAAUUUCUGUUUGGAGGCACCGCUAAUAGGAAAAAUGCAGAACAAGUAUUACCUAUGGAGCGGGUCUUCAGUGUUCCCAAUACCGAUGGAUUCAUCGAAGAGGGUAAAAAGGUUGCUAAACAGACACGACCCAUAGUGAUAAGAGGGCUCGCGAAUUUCAAUAUCAGAAUACCUGUGGAGACUUACACAUCUUCUGGCUGGCCAGCAGUUGGUGGUGCAGCAAUUAAGGCUCUUGCAGGGAAAGUUGCGAUCGACUAUGCUGCCCUAGAAGAAGAUUCUGAGGUAGAAGACAUGGAUGACAUCGAAGAAUCCGAGAGCUUAUUGACCUCAGCUGGAGUGGAAACUGAACACGAAGAAGAUUUGUCUGUAUAUGGAAAAGCAUAUCAAGCUUUUGGGGGCGGCCUAGAAGGCAAGGAGGCAUGUAUGGCAUUAGCUGCGUUGUGUGAAGUUGCUUCAAUCAACACAUUGUUGUCCAACUUCAUAGAGCCUUUGCAGGGUAAUGAUAUUAAGAGUGCUUCCGAUGGACGUGUACACUGUUCCUUGAAUAUCAACACUGAAACUGGGCGUUUGUCUGCAAGAAGACCAAGUCUGCAGAAUCAACCUGCUCUUGAGAAAGACCGCUACAAGAUCCGUCAAGCAUUUGUUGCUGCUCCUGGAAAGAGUCUAGUUGUGGCUGAUUAUGGACAGUUAGAGCUUCGGUUACUUGCUCAUUUAGCCGAUUGCAAGAGCAUGAAAGCUGCAUUCAAAGCUGGUGGUGACUUCCAUUCAAGGACGGCCAUGAACAUGUACCCUCAUGUUCGCGAAGCUGUUGAGAAGGAAAGGGUAUUGUUGGAAUGGGAAAGUCACGGAAAACCACCUGCUCCACUAUUAAAGGAUAUUUUUGGAUCUGAGAGGAGAAAAGCCAAGAUGCUAAACUUCUCAAUUGCAUACGGGAAAACAGCCAUGGGACUUGCGAAGGAUUGGAAGGUGAAGGUUGAUGAGGCGAAGGCUACAGUGGACCUUUGGUACAGUGAUAGACCUGAAGUACUAGCUUGGCAAAAGGAGCGUAAACAAGAGGCUCACACUUCUCUACGUGUGCAUACAUUGUUGGGUAGAGCACGCCAUCUUCCUGAUAUCAACUCUUCCAACGCACUGCUUCGGUCCCAUAUGGAGCGCGCUGCCAUCAAUACACCUGUCCAGGGAAGUGCGGCAGACGUCGCAAUGUGUGCCAUGCUCGAGAUAAAUCGAAAUUCAAAGCUUCGGGAACUUGGUUGGAAACUCCUCCUACAGGUGCAUGACGAGGUUAUCCUUGAAGGACCUUCGGAGUCUGCACAAGAAGCGAAAGAAUUGGUGAUAAAAUCCAUGAUGUAUCCUUUCAACGGCGAAAACUUUCUGGAUGUUGAGUUGGUCGUUGAUGGCGAUUAUGCUGAGAGUUGGUAUGCAGCCAAGUAAAUCAGUUUUUCAUCCUGAAGCUGUCUGCCCAUACCACGUCAUCCUUCGUAUUUUAACUGCAUAUUGAUACGAUUGCCACUUAUCCCGCUACAUUCAGCAAGGUGGGUAAGAAUUACAAUAAUUCUUGUACCAGCUUCGAAUAUGCAAUUAUUCGCUCGAAUUCUCUAGUGGCACGAAAAGAUUCCAUUUAACCCCUCAUUCUCAGGAAACAGAUUUGUCAUCUUUUACCCGCACCUGCCGAGUAAGAGUCGGUCAGAUGUGACUUGAGAUUCUUUGUUUACUUCCACAAGCAUGGUUACUCAAAGCCGUUUAGAUCAUCGAUACUUCACAUUAGGAGUCCUUGAAUACUUUGGGGCCAUUUUAAUCGGCAACCUUGUGCUUGGCUCUGAAGGAUGAGAAUGCUGGUUCGAAUUUUUUUUAGUGACAAUAUAGAAUCUCUCAAGUAUGAGAAAAUCCUGUUAACCAAAUUUUUUCCGAGUUGUCGACUCUUGGUUCGAAUUCUGAACUACGUACUUGGAAGGAUCACAGUUAGUGGGUUAGAGGGGGACAGACAUGCUACUUGGUUGUUUGAAGAACCUUCGGAGUAUGGAGUUAGCAUGCAUUGUUUGUACUC